AUGUUGUCCAAAUUAGCCAAACGCGCUUCCUCCAAAAAGUUCAACUUAUCCUCACAAUCCAUCUCAAUUUCACGUUCUUCCACCUCACACAGAUUUUCCCAUCAUAACAAUUUUCCCGAGAAAAUCUCGCCCCAAAGGAACCCGUUUUUGUGUUUCAGUCAAGUUUCAGAAAACAAACCGGGUCGAUCUGAAUUUACGUUUUCUGAACACCCUUUUAGUUUUUCAUCAACGGGAUUGAAUCACAUUAGAAGCUACGGUAGUGUUGCUGAAGCUAUUGAAUCGACUGAUACAGAAGAUGAUUGUUCAGGUUCAUGUUCAGGUUCAGAAGAAGUUCAGGAAUUGUUAGAACAAAUGGUGAAAGAAGAGAAGAAGAAGCCUCUAGAGAUGAAAAAGAACAAGAACAAUAGUUACAAGUAUAAGAUGCUUAGAAGGAGACAGGUGAAGAUUGAGACUGAGGCAUGGGAGGAAGCGGCGAGAGAGUAUCAGGAAUUGUUGGAAGAUAUGCGCGAACAGAAGCUUUCGCCGAAUUUGCCUUACAUGAAGUCCUUGUUUCUCGGUUGGUUUGAGCCUUUGAAGAAUGCGAUUGUGGCGGAUCAAGAGCUUUGUAAAGAUAGUAAGACUAGGUUGAGUCAUUCGCCUUUUUUCAAUGAGUUGCCUGCUGAUAUGAUGGCUGUUAUCACUAUGCAUAAGUUGAUGGGGUUGUUGAUGACUAAUAGUAAUGGGGUUGGUAGUGCUAGAGUUAUUCAAGCUGCUUGUCAAAUAGGGGAAGCCAUUGAACAUGAGGGUAGAAUAUAUCGAUUUAUGGAGAAGACAAAGGCGAAGAAAACAACCACUGACAAGUCUGAUAGUGAAUCUGUUCCCACACCUGUAAUAAGUGACAACCUGACAGCGGAAGAAAAAGAAAAACUUGAUGAAGAGGAGAAAAGAAUUAGGAAAAGAGUUGCUAGUUUAAUAAAAAAGCAGAAGAAGCAACAAGCAAUGGGGAUAGUUCGGGGAAGAGAUCAAGCAAAACCUUGGGGACAGGAAGCUCAAGUAAAGGUUGGCUCUCGUUUGAUACAACUGUUAAUAGAAACAGCCUACUUACAACCACCUGCCAAUCAAUUUGGAGAUGGUGGUCCUCCAGAUAUUUACCCCGCAUUUAAGCAUACCCUCAAGACAAUUUCUGGUGAUUCAAGCAAUGGAAGUAGGAGAUACGGCGUUAUUGAAUGUGACCCUAUGAUACAGAAGGGCCUUGAAAAGACUGCCAGGCACAUGGUUAUCCCCUACAUGCCAAUGUUGGUUCCACCGAACCACUGGACAGGGUAUGACAAAGGAGCAUACUUGUUUUUGCCAUCAUAUGUAAUGAGAAUACAUGGAGCAAAGCAGCAACGCGAAGCUGUAAAAAGGGCUCCCAAGAAUCAACUUGACUCUAUUUUUGAGGCACUUAACACUCUCGGUGAUACCAAAUGGAGGGUAAACAAAAGUGUACUCGGCGUGAUAGAUCAAAUAUGGGCUAACGGAGGCCGUCUGGCUGACUUGGUGGAUCGCGAUGAUCUGCCCCUCCCAGAGGAACCAGACACAGAAGAUGAAGCAGAAAUCCGAAAAUGGAAGUGGAAAGUUAAAGCCGUCAAAAAAGAUAAUACUGAGAGACAUUCACAGCGAUGUGAUAUAGAACUUAAACUUGCUGUUGCACGAAAGAUGAAAGAAGAAGAAGGCUUCUACUAUCCUCACAAUCUUGAUUUCCGAGGGCGUGCUUAUCCAAUGCACCCAUAUUUGAACCAUCUUGGUUCUGAUCUAUGUCGAGGCAUACUUGAGUUUGCAGAGGGACGUCCUCUGGGGAAGUCAGGCUUACAAUGGUUGAAAAUACAUCUGGCCAAUUUGUAUGCUGGUGGUGUGGACAAGUUAAGUUAUGAUGGUCGAAUAGCGUUUACUGAGGGCCACCUGGAUGAUAUUUUUGAUUCUGCAGACAGACCUCUUGAAGGAAAAAGGUGGUGGUUGCAAGCAGAGGAUCCUUUUCAGUGCUUGGCAGCUUGUAUCAAUCUUUCUGAAGCAUUGAGAAGCCCUACUCCCGAGUCUACCCUUUCUCAUAUGCCUGUACACCAGGAUGGUUCAUGCAAUGGCUUACAACACUACGCAGCACUUGGUAGGGACAAGUUGGGAGCUGCUGCAGUCAAUCUUGUUGGUGGAGACCAGCCUGCUGAUGUUUACUCAGGAAUUGCAGCCAGAGUACUUGAAAUCAUGAAAACAGAUGCACUGAAAGAUCCCAAAACUUUUCCACACGCAUUGCAUGCUAGGCGUUUGAUCAGCCAGGUGGACCGAAAGUUGGUGAAGCAGACAGUGAUGACAUCGGUGUAUGGAGUGACUUAUAUUGGGGCCCGAGACCAGAUUAAGAGAAGGCUUAAGGAGCGUUGUGCGAUUGAGGAUGAUUCAGAGCUGUUUGCUGCUGCCUGCUACGCUGCAAAAACCACUCUAACCGCCUUAGAAGAGAUGUUCGAGGCUGCAAGAAGUAUUAUGAAUUGGCUAGGUGAAUGUGCAAAGGUGAUAGCUUGCACGAACCAAGCAGUGCGAUGGGUUACUCCCCUUGGGCUUCCUGUAGUACAACCUUACCGAGAAAUAGGAAGACAUCUGAUCAAGACAUCACUUCAGGUAUUGACAUUACAGCGGGAGACGGACAAGGUUAUGGUAAAAAGGCAGAGAACAGCUUUCCCUCCAAAUUUUGUUCACUCUCUUGAUGGUUCUCACAUGAUGAUGACUGCCGUAGCUUGUAAACAAGCAGGGAUGAACUUUGCUGGGGUUCAUGAUUCUUAUUGGACACACGCGUGCGAUGUUGAUGAAAUGAACAGGAUACUCAGGGAAAAGUUUGUUGAACUCUACGACGCUCCGAUCUUAGAAAAUUUGUUGGAGAAUUUCGAGAAGACUUUUCCGACAUUGAAGUUUCCUCCUUUACCGGAACGAGGAGACUUCGAUCUUCAAGAAGUAUUGAAGUCUCCCUAUUUCUUCAACUAG